GCUGCACCCUCAGUUGUGACUGGAUCGUCGCGGUGAAUUGAUCAUUUGUUAAAGAAGUGUAUUAGUUUAAAAUUGAAUUUUUAUACUUUAUUAUUAUAAUUGUGCACAUAAUUUUCAUAUUCUUGAUAAAUAACGCAAACCCUUUUAAGUUAAAGAUGGCAAAUACAAUGACAAGUGUGGAUAAUUGUUCGAGAUAUAGAGAAACGACGCAUAGCUUGACAGUCGGUCACGAAGCGAUCGAUUUUGAAAGGAACGCCGUUCUUCAAAAAGACGGAAUAAAUCGAUCAUACGCUAACAUUAGGGAAUAAAACAAGAUAAAGCAAAUGGAUACCUAAUACAAAACACAUGAAAUCAGUGAUUGUAUUAUCAGUGGCAAUGAGGACGCGCAGAUCGAUUAAAGAAUUAGAAUAGUUCUUUCUCUCUUUCUCUCUCUUUCCCUUUAUAUCUUUACCUUUCUUUCUCUACAUCUCCCUUUGAAAGAGAAUGAAAGUGUACUAGAAAAACGUGACAUCCAGUGCAUUACUCGUGAUUUCGUUUUCUUUUACGUGAUUCGUGUAUUACGUGUGCUUACGAACGCGUGUAUGUGCGUUUUCUAAUACGUGUAUGCGCCUCUGCGUGUGCAUGCGCGCGCGCGCGCGCGUGGUUCGGCGAUGUCAGAAGUUCAUCGUAUGAAAGCAAUUGUCGGUUUUGUUCGAUAAGAAUGGGGCUACUGGUGAUCGACCGACCGGACGGUUAGUGCUUUAAUGUUACAUUAUUUCACGUUACUACGAAUAUACGUGUAUUAAUCGUGAAUAUACGUGAUAUACACAACUUGUGUACGAAUACACACAGGCAUAUACUGCGUGUGCGUGGGUGGGUAUUGGAUAUAAUGUGGGUGUGGGUGUGCGUUCCUUGUACGUACAGACGUACGCGUAUUUUGUGGUAACGUGUAAUGGCAUGGAAAUGAGGCGCGCGCGAGUGUCACGCCGAAAGAUACGCCUCUCGCCUGGAAAGCUACUUUGUGCUCCAAACUCGAAAGGAGAAUCCUCUCGCGAGUGGCCGCUCUUACCGGUUUAACCUCAUCGACAUCGAGAGUGCGUGUUUCUUGUGAUUUUGAUUCUAUUUAUCCAAGUUUCGGAUUCGUCUGUAAUUUCGCAUCCAAUUUUGAUCAGCAUGCGUUAACAUCAAGUUUCCAAGAUUGUAAAGGGUUUCGUUCGUGAUUCACGACCUUCCCCAGAAUCUUUGGGUACUCGAAAGAAAAAUGCGCAACGAGUGGCUAAGAAACUUGUUCGCGACAGCAAUUUUCGCCCUUAUGGUACAUGGGCAAUUGAGAUCACCGCGUAUAACGGAACAUCCUUCGGAUAUAAUCGUGGCCAAGAAUGAACCGGUAACAUUGAAUUGCAAGGCGGAAGGUAAACCUCAACCCGUGAUUGAAUGGUAUAAGGACGGUGAACUGGUUCAAACAUCACCGGGAGAUGCAAAAUCUCAUCGUGUUCUUCUUCCUACGGGGUCUCUAUUUUUCCUAAGAGUAAUGCACGGGAAAAAGGAGCAGGACGGAGGAGUUUAUUGGUGCGUCGCGAGAAAUCAAGCAGGCUCCGUUCCAAGUCGAAACGCAACCCUAACUGUUGCAGUGUUGAGAGAUGAAUUUCGUGCAGAACCUCAAAAUACAAGAGUCGCAGCCGGAGAGACUGCAUUAUUAGAGUGUGGUCCACCCCGAGGUCAUCCAGAGCCAACGUUACAUUGGAAAAGAAAUGGUCAUACGAUAGAUUUGGAAACUACUAAACGUAUCACUUUGGUUGAUGGAGGAAAUUUGAUGAUUUCGGAUGUUCGGCAAACGGAUCAGGGAAAAUAUCAAUGCGUUGCUGAGAACAUGGUAGGCGUGAAAGAAUCUGCCGUGGCAACAUUGACAGUUCACGUGAAACCAUUUUUCUUGUCAACUCCUGCGAAUCAAACGAUCUUAGCGGACCAGACUGCUGAAUUCGCUUGCCGCGUGGGCGGCGAUCCUCCGCCCGAGAUCCUUUGGCGACGAAACGACGGGAAAAUGCCAAUUGGACGAGCGCAUAUUUUGGACGAUAAAAGUUUACGGAUCGAAAGAGUGACGUCACAGGAUCAAGGAACGUAUAUUUGCGAUGCUGAAAACGGUGUCGGUGCCAUAUCAGCGAGUGCAACUUUGACAGUACAUUCGAGACCAGUAUUCAGCAGUUUUCCAAAAGACGAGAUAGUCAGCGUCGGAUCAAAUGUUUCGUUUUCCUGUGCGGCUCGUGGCGCGCCAAAGCCUUCGAUCUUUUGGACCCGGGAAGGGUCUCAAGAAUUGAUGUUCCCUGGAAAUGAAUAUCAAAGUCGUUACAAAAUCACAGAUGAUGGAAGUUUGUAUAUAAAGGGUGUCCUUGGAAAAGACGAAGGACACUACGUUUGCAGCGCAAUCAGUCAGGCUGGCGCGAGCACAGCUACGGUUUUUCUUCAGGUUACAUCGGUUGAAGAAGUUCCACCACCUGUAAUCGAGAUCGGACCUACGAAUCAAACAUUACCUCCGAAGAGUGAUAUUUCUAUGCCAUGUCGUGUAUUUGGACGACCUACUCCGAAAAUUCGAUGGUAUAAAGAGGACGAACUUGUACGAAUCGGUAGCGAUAAUAAAUUUACAAUCGCUAGCAACGGCACUCUUUCUAUAAAAAAUCUUCAAUUAAGCGAUAGCGGAAUAUAUAAAUGCGUUGCAUCUUCCGAAUCUGGGAAUACUUCGUGGAUAGCUAGUUUAACGAUUAGUCCCGGAGCAAAUUAUCAUAGCAUCAUACCAGAUGUGUCAGCACUUCCCGAAAGUCCAAGUAAACCAAGAAUAGUAAAUACUACUAGUAGUACGGUCACGCUCACUUGGAGUCCAGGACACGAAGGUGCUAGCAAGAUAAUCGAUUAUACAGUUGAAUAUUUUGCUACAAAUCCAAAGACCAGCUGGAUCGUCGCUGGAACAGAAAUAACAGAUGAUAUUUAUACUGUAACAAAUCUCACACCCGAUACGAGUUAUGUAUUUCUUGUUCGUGCUCGAAAUAGUCAAGGUCUUUCUGUUCCUGGUCCAUUCUCGGACGUUGCACGUACUACAAAUCUUGAUCAACAUGCGAUUCCUCAAACUGAAUUGAUUCGCGCAAGAGAUCGUCUUAACAGUGAGAUUCUUUACUUGAAGGAUGUUCAGCCUUUAAGUAGCACCAGUGUGAAAAUUGUUUGGGACAUACUUGGAGCAGCUGAUCUGGUUGAAGGAUUGUAUAUAAGAUACCGUGAAGUAUCCGAGAAACCUGAAUAUCGAAUGGUCACUGUGCUGAACGCCGGAGCAACUAGUUAUGUGUUGACCAACCUAAACAAAUACACGCGUUACGAGUUUUUUCUAGUUCCUUUUUUCAAGACUAUUGAAGGGAGGCCGAGCAAUGUAAAACUAGCAACUACACUAGAAGAUAUACCUUCCGGGGCGCCCGAAAAUGUUCAUGUCGGAAUGAUAAAUAUUACAUCAGCAUUCGUUCGUUGGUCUCCUCCGCCGAAAAGUACACAAAACGGACAAUUACUAGGAUAUAAGAUUCAAAUCAAGAGCAAUAGUAGUAACAAGAUUUUGGGACAGAUGUCUUUAAAUGCAUCGACGACGUCAGUGAUUAUCAACAGUUUGACGACAGGUGGUCUUUAUACGGCACGUGUUGCCGGAUAUACUCGCGUGGGUCAAGGACCGUUUUCCAAUCCAACUGUUUUAAAUAUGGAUCCAGGACAAUUAACACAGUUGCCACCACGAACGGAUCCGAGUCAAAGAAACGCUUCUGUUGUUAGUGAAACCUGGUUUUUGAUUUUAAUGAUAACAGUUGUGUUAACCGUUAUUGCCGCUUUAUUGGGCGCUGUUUACGUUAGACGAAGACAAGCGAUGAGUAAACAACUCGGUCACUUGAACGUUCCUGUUGGUACAGCUAAUGACAUUUGUCAAUUAAAUAAAGAUACUCUGUGGCUGGAGCGUGGUUGGAGACCUACUAAUACUCUCCAAGCAUCCUCCACUGAUAAGGAUUGCGAAACGAAACUAUUGAGUAAUCAAAAUCAAAUCGGUCUCCCACCGGGAAUCGUUGGAAUGACUGGCUCAGAAUAUGCUGAGGUUAAUUUAACAACAUUUUACAAUACUCGAAAACAAUUGCAAGCGCCACCAGAACCAUACGCAACGACUACACUUUGCAUGCCUGCUCGUAGUCCAGAUUCGGUAGAAACCACCGGUCGAAAAUCGAAUUCUAGUGAUUCCUGUCUCAAGCCCGAUUAUUCCAGUUUAGAUUCAAAUUUAGAUAGAAACAAAUCAACCGUGUCUCCGAGCAGCGACAAUGCAAGUAGCGUUUAUAAUGCAGAUGAUAAUGCAGAAGCGCAAAGAAGAGCUGGUCAUCAAUAUAGAAUGCCGUUACCAAAUGAGAAUCAACCUCCAAAUUGGUGCGACAUGCUACCACCACCACCAGAACAUCCACCCUCGUUCGAAGGGUCGCUCGGUUCCUCCAGAACACAUUCGCAUACGCAUCAUCAGCACCAACAUCAAUAUCAAUAUCAUCAUCACCAUCAUCCGCAUCAAAUUCAACAUCAAUAUCAGCAUCAGCAUCAUUAUCAGCAUCAACAGCAACAGCAACAACAACAACAAUAUCAACAUCAAACUGCAUUUAGUCCUCAUCUAGGGAAGAGAAGCAUUGAAAGGCAAAAUGAUUUAGAUCUAAUGGCGGGUGCAGGAUUAGCUUUGGGAUUAGGUUUAAAUACGAGCUCGAAUUCAGGUUCUGGCUCUGGUUUAGGUUCUGGAAGUGCAGGCGGAGGUGGUGGUGGUGGUGGUGGCGGUGGUAGUGGUAGUGGCGGUGGCGGUGGAUCUGGUUCCGGUUCUGGAUCGAGAAAUUCACAAAGUCCGCCUAGUCCACCAACUAGGGUAAUGAAUAAUUUAGGAGGCUCGGAUACAAUUUGGAAUAGUUCGGGUCAACAAUCGCAAUCUUUCGAAAAUUCACAAAACAAUGUUCAUCAGCAGAGUAGAUAUACAAGUUUGCCCCCACAAACGAAUCCACCAGCACUGCCUAUAUUUCCACAGUCAUUCGAUUGUUAUGAAUCGUAUAAAGGAAAUCAAGAAAACGAAUAUGAAAGUGGUUCUCUUUUGUAUGGUCAACGAAAUGAUUCGCCAUUAGAAGAUUAUGAUUCUACAUAUAGUCAUGUAAAUCGAGCGGAUUCUCGAUCGGAACGAUCGAUGGCAAACGAAGAAAUCUAUCGACGAAAUGAUGAAGAUAACUAUCCAACGGAGAACCAUUAUCAGCCUGAGAAUGAUGAAUGGGAUAGGAAAUCUUGCGAUUCAAACGCACACUCGGAUAUUUGUUGUUCCUGUUCAGAAUCUAGUUGCCUCUAUGGGAACACGAUCGACUACAACGAUCAAUUCGCUUCGUCAUCGGUGAAUUGUCUUCAUGGUAAAACAGGAUCUCGAAAUAGAAAUGGCAGGAGCCCACGUAGAAGAAAUACUAGAACUGCAUCACCGACUUAUAGUAGCGGUGAUAGUAAUUAUUCCUGUAUUCCCCCGAGGCAAUCUGGAAGCGUUAGCUCGCAAGAAAGGUCGAGGCAUAACCGUGGAAAAGAUAAAGUGCCUAGCUUCUCGAGAAUCGGCGGCUAUCCUCAGCACAAUUCCUCAGCCUCGAAUACAGUCAGCAGUUCUGGAAGUCAAAGAUACAACAAGUUGAAUAACGUUUUUGUAGGUGGUGGAAAUUCGAAUGCUCCUAUAGAGUGUAGUCGGCCGGCCGACUUUCGUGAUGGCUAAUUUUAUGAAAUGGAAUCGAUCCCUGGUAAUAUUUACCAAUGUGAAAUAAUGUGAAACAAUUGACUUCGAUCGCAACGAAUCGUAGCCGUCUCGCGCGACAAUAUCGCGAACAGUCUUAAAGUACCUUUUGCGGGCUAAUUACGUCCUCAAUAUUUCCAAACAUUAAUAACUGUUAACCGUGAUAUUCCUUAACCCUUGUCGCGUUUUCCCUUUCUUUCUAUCUAUGAACUGCUUUCAUUUUAUCUUUUCCUCCCGGUGGAUCUAUUUAAUCUCAUUUGCAUAAGUUAUGGUAAUUAUUGAAAAGAAUAUAAUAGCGAUAUCAAUAACUUUGAAAUAUGUUGUUAAGAUUAACAUUUUGAAUAAGUUUUCUUUAUUCAUAUAAUCAUUGCUCCACCUUAGUUUCCAAGAUAUCAGAAAAAUAUUUUUUAUAUUGUGUAUCAUAAAUAAAUAUGUACACAGUUCAGAGGAAUUAGUUCUAAUAUGUAUUAUAAAGAUCAAAAUUCUCUUAAAAGAAUAAUUAUUUCUAUUUUUCAAAAAAUGUCAAUUAUUAACAAAAAUUUUUUAUUAAAAUUAUGUAAAUUUAUUUAAGUUAUUAUAAUUUGAAUUAAAUUAUAUUACAAUUUGAUUUUAAUGUGGAUAUCUGCAUCUAUUUAUCCAUAUUUUUUUAGCUUAAUUAGUACUAAUUUAUGAAAAAAUGAAAUAGAAGUUUCAUUUUAGAUUUAGAUCUUCUUUUACUUAAUUAAUAAAAGUUAUUGAUUGAAUUAGAUUAAAUUAUUACCUAUGUUAAAAAAUAAAUAUUAAAUAUGUAUAUAUAUUUUAAUGUAUUAUAAUAUUUUAUUCAUUUAUGUUUUUAAUGCAGCCAUAAGUUCAAAAACUUAAAACUUGAAAAUAUGUUUUGAAAUAUUCUAUUUUUAUAUCUAAGGUUUUAAAUAAUUGAAAGUAUAGUUUUGUAUAUCUAAUCUAAUUCAAAUUUAAUUCAAAUAAAAUAUCUUUGGAACUAAAGCGGACAGUUAUGUAUAUAAAAAAAAGUUCUUCAGAAUAUUGGCAAUAUAUUUUAAGGUUAUUGGAAUCAAUGCUAUUCUUAUUCCCAAUAAUUAUCAGUUCUUUUAUUAAGUUUAGUAUAAAUGAAUGUGAAUUUUACGUUUCAAUGUGACUGCGCAUAUAUAAUACUUUUGCGAUAUUUUCGAUAAAUAUCAUAAGAAAUAACGAACGAUUUUUUUCAGUUAUUCAAUUUUUUAUUUGCUCAAUAUAUAUAUCCACUGCCAUAGAAAAUAUACACAUUGGACGACCAUAAGAUUUGACACAAAAGCGGAUAGGAUGCAAAAACAUACGACGAGAAGGAAAUGUUUAUGAAAUAUGAUCCGGCGUACACACGUGCGAUAAUUUUCAUUAAUCUAAGUGGCGUGACUUAUUUUUCAGAGAUUUUAGAUUUUCGCCACUCAAACAUUUCGCGCGAUUGUAUUAUUUUUCGAAUAUAACGUUCCUAAGUGGUAAGAAAAACUCUAUAACUUCGUCACGUGAAUGCGAAGCAAUCGCCACGUGAUUUUUCUUAAACGAUACGUAUAGCUCUUAAGGGUACAUGCGGCAAAAAAUUAUUGAAAUCAUGACUGAUGCGCAAGAAGUAUUAUAUCAUAUCGAGCAAUUUUUGUAUGUAUGUAUGUAUGUAUGAAUGUAUGAAUGUGUGCAUACAUGCGCUUAUGUGCGUGUGUAUAUAUGCGUGUACAAGCUUAUUUUUUUUUUUUUUUUUAUAUAAUUUUUUGGUAUAAGCAAUUGAAACAGUCAAGAGUAAUCAUCGAUCAAUGUCUUUUACCAAAAAUCUCAAAAAAAUAAAAAAUCCGUAUUGAUCUAGAUUUUCCAAUUCAUUCGUUCAAUUCAUCCAAAUAAAAUAAAUAUAAAAUGUGGCAUGUAAUCAAAAUGAUUAAUCUAUGUAUGAUCAUUCGCCAAUUUUAAUCGUAUUUAAAUAAAAAAAAAUACAGAUACAAAAAUUAAAACAAUCUUGAAUAAUAUAAAAUUUCAAAUUAAAUCAAGUUAUUAGUUCGAUUCUUUCGAUCUGUUCUUUAUGUUGCGAAAAAAUUCAUCGAGGCAAUGUAACGAUAGUUUUAAUAAUAUUUAACAUAAAUUGAGAUAGAGUAAAAGACACUCGUCGUAAUAAUCGCUCAAAUUCAUUAAAAUUAGUUUAUUCUUUUAAGCAAGAAAAGAUUGUAAGUCGGCGGUCAUUGAACGUUUAUUAACAAAUGUUAUGUCAAAAUAGAAUAACGAAACAUUAAACGCACUGCCGAAUGUCAUAAUUCCGGAAGACCACGUACAUCAAAUGUGGAAAUAUGAUUUGAUGUAAUAUAGAUAUAUGUAUAAAUUAUUCGCGCGAGUGAAGAUUCGCAAAUGAAAUUGGUAAAUCCGUAGCACGUAUAGAUACAAGUAUAAUCCAUCCAGAAAGGUGAGAAGCAAAACAAAAAAAAAAACUUAUAAUUAACAAAUUAAAAAAAAAAACAUUCGUUUUUGUAGAAUGUUAACGAUAAAAUUCGAGAGAGAGACAGAGAGAGAGAGAGAGAGAGAGAGAGAGAGAGAGAGAGAGAGAGAGAGAGAGAGAGAGAGAGAAACGUAGCUACGUAGAACGUAUAUUUUAAGUAUUCACCGUAAUAAUAUCUGAACUAUCUCUGAUAGUCUGUUUAGAUUGUACGCUGAGUUUGCCAAACUUCGUCGGACUUCAAUGACUGGUAAAUGGUCGUUCUAUAGGCACAUAGAUUUUUUGGGAGAACAAACAAACACCUCCAAAUCUGUAUAUAAAUUCGCACUCGAAAUUCCCCGCGAUAUGGGAAAAUUCGAUCGAUAGUAGUUACUUACUUAGAUACUGAAAAUAUUUCGCGUCCAAGAUCGACAAUUCGUGAUACUUUCGUUACGCGAUAGAAUCGCGAGUGAACGAUUCUUGGCGUUAUUCUGAACCAUCCUAUCAAUUUGCGAAGCGAAAAAAGUAAUGAUGUUAUUUUUAUAGUUUCUCAUAUUUGCACGAUUGUUACGAUGGUUCAUACUGUUUGUAUCAUAUUACGCGUAACCCUCCUUCGAGUUGGACAAAAAUAAAAAAGAUCGCGUACGGAUCGGGAUUUACAUAUGAAUUUUUUUUUUUCCACGUAUAGUGUCCGUUUUUAUUUUUAAUUUUAUUCUUAUCACCAAUAAUACAACCUCGUUUUUCAAUUCCACGUAUCAUCGUUUUAUUGUUUUUUAUCAUUUUGUAUUGUCCAUAACUUUAAUUAAUUUCUAUGUAAAUUACUCCUAUGCUUAUACGCUUGUUCUUGCGCUCAUCUGCAUUUAACCAUUCAAAUUAUCUAACAAGGAACGGAAAAUUAAAACAGAGAACGGAAUGCUUGAGAAACAGAUCAGUGUUUUUCCGUUUGUGAAAUAUAACCAAAUUGAAUGUAAUUCUCGAACUGAAUUAUAUUCGUAGAAAUUUUACGAAGUUUUCGUAAGUGAUUUAUCAAUCACUGCCAAUAGCUGAAUAGUCGAAAAUUGGACAUUUUGUUCUAUGGCAGAUGAAAAUUAUCGACAUUAUAGAAUAACAAAAUAUUUUGUAGUCACAUCGCACUAAUCGUCAUAUCAUUAACUUUUAGAUCGAAAGAUCUAAUAAAACGUUCCGAACAAGGCGAUUCGACAAGUUUUAAUCUUACUUGCAUCUUUUUUAGGUCUUACAAUUAGGUCUAAAUUUAAACACAAAGGCUGAUAAGUGAUUUAGCAUAAAUCUUCUUUACGUUUUGUAAAUAAAGCGCAUGAAAAAAACAGAAAUCGUUCGUUCGUAAGCGUUUUCGUAGGCAAUAACUUAUUUAUUAUGAGACAAACGCGAGUGAUUGUCCAUUUUGAUCAUAAUUGAAAAGAAAAAUAAUGCUAAUAAAAUUGAUGCAGACUAGUAACAUACGCAUACAGGCGAACACGCGCGCACAAAUGUAGAUAAUUUAAAAGUAAUAAUUAUUAUUGUCAAGUACUACAUAUACAUAUAAAACGAUAUACGAAAACGUUACAUAAUAUACGAGUAACGAUUAUUAAUAAAAACAAAGAAAAAGUGACGUUGAAAA